AAUAGCUCAAACCUGCCUGCAUGUCUGCAUCCCCGGGCAGACACAGCACGCGAGAAAGCAAUCCGCCUCUCUCUCUCUCUCUCUCUCUCUCUCUCUCUCUCUCUCUCUCUGACCGAGGAGAGCACCUGUUGCCUUCCUCCGGACAGAGUACAGACACGAAAGUGAUCAGGGAGCAGCUGGUUCGUGAGCUCUGGGUGACCCAGCCAUGGCGAGAACGCGGCCGGCGUUCCUGCCCCUGGGCGCCUCCGUUGCCCUGCUCGUCGCCUUCUCCUCUCUAAUGCCUCCGUCAGACGCAUACGAUCCUCUCGAUCCAAAUGGAAACAUAACAAUCAAAUGGGAUGUAAUACAGUGGACUCCAGAUGGCUACGUCGCUGUUGUUUCGCUAUACAAUUACCAGCAGUACCGCCACAUUCAGGCGCCCGGCUGGAAACUCGGGUGGGUGUGGGCAAAGAAGGAGAUCAUCUGGGCGAUGACUGGUGGCCAAGCCACUGAGCAAGGCGAUUGCUCCAAAUUCAAAACCAACAUUCCCCAUUGCUGCAUGAAGGACCCGGAGGUUGUGGACUUGCUUCCUGGCACUCCUUACAACAUGCAGAUUGCCAACUGCUGCAAGGGAGGAGUCCUCACAUCAUGGGCACAGGACCCUGAGAAUGCUGUGGCAUCGUUCCAAGUCAGUGUUGGUCAGGCUGGAACUACCAACAAGACGGUGCGAGUGCCGAAAAAUUUCACUCUGAAGGCCCCUGGUCCCGGAUAUACCUGCGGACCUGCCAAACUCGUGAAACCUACUAAGUUUGUGUCGCAGGAUGGACGAAGAACUACUCAAGCCCACAUGACUUGGAAUGUGACGUGUACAUACUCACAGUUUAUCGCUCAAAGAUCUCCAACCUGCUGUGUUUCGCUCUCGUCGUUUUACAACGACACCAUUGUUACCUGCCCAACAUGCUCUUGUGGCUGCCAGAAUAACAGCACUGCACCAGGAAGCUGUGUAGAGGGCAAUUCACCAUAUCUGGCUUCUGUUGUGAACGGUCCUAAUAAGAACAGCUUGGCACCUCUAGUCCAGUGCACUUCCCAUAUGUGCCCAAUAAGAGUGCAUUGGCAUGUCAAAGUCAACUACAGGGAGUACUGGAGGGUCAAGAUCACGGUGACAAACUUCAACUACCGGAUGAACUACUCGCAAUGGAACCUCGUUGCGCAACACCCCAAUUUCGACAACCUGACGACCAUUUUCAGCUUCAACUACAAACCUCUAAACCCCUAUGGAGUAAUAAACGACACCGCGAUGUUAUGGGGGAUCAAGUACUACAACGAUUUGCUCGUGACGGCGGGGCCAGAUGGGAAUGUUCAGUCUGAACUUCUGUUCCGUAAGGAGCCCUCGUCGUUCACCUUCCAGAAAGGCUGGGCCUUCCCUCGACGAGUGUACUUCAAUGGCGACAACUGCGUGAUGCCGCCGCCGGACGCGUACCCGUGGCUGCCUAACGCCUCCCCACGGCUGUCAGCUUCGCUUCUCCUCCCAUUUGUUGCCGUUUGGGCAACAGUGGCAAUCCUGCUGGUUCAUCCGUAGUGAAGCACUAUUUGUCUACAUGGUUCAGGUUCACGAAAGUUUUGACCUGGCUGGGCGUUGUUGCCUGUUUAUCGAUGAGUUUCUGCAAAGUUUUGGAUAGUGUCUUGAUUGAGGAGAAGAUUCAGAUGUGCAGUUACGUACCAAGCCUAAAUCAUUAUCGAUUCUUGUACAUUCCCAAUAGUUGUAAAUUUUAGCAAAGACUGACUGAGUAUAGGAAUAAAAUGUUUCCCGCAGCAUCCUGCAAAAAUUCGUGCUCAAA